GGGUCGGCAGUUGGCUUACUACUCAGAGAAGAAAAUCCGUUGUUGUGGAGAGGAAGAAAGGCUCAAGAAAUUCGAGGAACGCUCAGCGUACCAACCACGAGCGCUAACCCCCAUUUUUGUGGGUAGUUUUUUCCCCAGAAAUCUUAUUUUUCCCCCUUUGUUUAGCCAGCAUGGCUUGUGGAGCUACGUUAAAGCGGUCGAUGGAGUUUGAGGCCCUCCUCAGUCCCCAGUCUCCCAAGCGGAGAAGGUGCAAUCCACUACCGGGGACUCCCAGCACUCCGUCCCCGCAAAGAUGCAACCUCCGUCCCUCAGUCGACAGCCCAACGCAUUCGAUGUCUCCCCCGGCCAUAGGAGGCGAACACAGGCUCACCCCAGAGCAAAUCUUCCAGAACCUGCGUCAGGAGUACAGCCGGAUCCAGAGGCGGCGGCAGCUGGAGGGGGCCUUCAACCAGUCUGAGGCCUGUAGCUCCAGUGAUGCCCCCAGCCCCAGUUCUUCACUUAACGCCCCUAGCUCCCCACCAGGUGCCUCAAGGAAGGACCAGCCCUCGUUUACACUGAAGCAGGUGAGCUACCUGUGUGAGCGGCUGCUGAAAGACCACGAGGAGAAGAUCCGAGAGGAGUACGAACAGAUUCUUAACACAAAACUCGCAGAACAAUAUGAAUCUUUUGUGAAAUUCACACAAGACCAGAUCAUGCGAAGAUACGGAGCCCGACCUGCAAGUUACGUCUCCUGAAUUCACACCAGUGAGAAUUCCAGCUUCCUCUCACAACAUGGCUGCUCUUCUUUGGCCCCAUCCACUUGAUUUUUAUUUUUAUUUACUGAUUUUUCUCCCCCUCUGUCUCAAACUGUUUGGGUGCCAUGGUUUAUCCUGUUUUUAAUCCAAAUAUUAAUUUCUUACUUUGAACCUCUUGCUGCUGGCCAAAAGCUAGACAAAUCUGAACGAUAAACUAUGAAAGAAGCCCAGAUGUUUUCCUUGUUGAUAUACUCUUUCUGGAAAUCCUGACUAAAGCAGAUCUGUGUCAAAUCUCUCGCCAGCGCUGUUGAAAAAAAAAAGCUUAUUGGCUCAUGUGAUCAUUCUGUAUAACCUUCCAGCAGCUGUAUUUAAAGGCUCCUGCUUCUCACAUUGUCCUGCUUUUCUUACCCCUCCUGCCCCUCCCCCCACCUCUCUCCCUCCUCACUCUUUACCUGAGAAUGUGGAUUUUUCUCCUUUUGAAAAAAAUAAAAGUUCUGUGAUUAAAA